AGGGGACGCUGGGAUGCUGGAAGACUCAGCCUACGCGGCCGCUAUAGGAAGGCGGGAGGACCGCGUCUCUACUGCUCCCGCCGCGCACGUAUAGGUCGCACCACUGCUGUCCCGCACCGGGUUAAUUUAAUAACGCGGCCGAGAGCUGCUGGGGCGAGCGGAGGAAUCAGACUACGACUACGCGAAUACAAUAUGUUAAAUAGAAUACAAACAUGAAAUGGAAACAUAAAAUAUUUGCAGGAACAAAGGCAUACACAAAAUCCAGUCUCAACGGCGCGCCAGGCACCGUCACAGCCUCCCUACGCCCCGCGAUCUGCCAGCUGUCCCCCCCCCCCCAAGCCUCGUCUAAUGGUCCCGCCCACCGCGACCGACAGCGCGGUGACGCACGACGCACGGGGCGGCGCAGGCGCAGUGGCGGCGGCGGCGGGGCCAUGGCGGGCGAAGCGCCGCUGCCCUCGGUGGCGCGGGCGCCCCCUGGCGGCGGGCCUGGGCCUGGGGCCGGGCCGGGCCGGGCCGAGGGCACCGAGGGGCUGUUCGUGGCGCUGGGCGCCGGGCUCGCCGCCGCCAGCCACCCGCUGCUCUACGUCAAGCUGCUCGUCCAGGUCGGGCACGAACCACUACCUCCAACUGUUGGAAGAAAUGUACUGGGAAGAAAAGUACUGUACCUGCCUGGCUUCUUCACCUACGCCAGACACAUUGUGAAGGUGGAUGGGAAGAGAGGCCUCUUCCGUGGCCUUACUCCUCGCCUCAUCUCAAGCACUUUAUCAACCAUCACCAGGGGGAGCGUGAAGAAGGCCUUUCCACUGGAGGACAUGGAGCACGUAUCUAACAAGGAUGAUGUGAAGACUUCCCUUAGGAAAGUGGUGAAAGAGACAUCUCACGAGAUGAUGAUGCAGUGCGUGUCCCGGGUUGUGUCACAUCCACUGCACGUGAUCUCUAUGCGCUGCAUGGUCCAGUUUGUCGGCCGGGAAGUCAAAUACAGUGGUGUAUUCAGUGCUAUCGGCAGGAUAUUCAAGGAGGAAGGGAUCCUGGGAUUCUUUGUAGGUUUAGUCCCUCACAUCCUGGGGGAUGUCAUCUUCCUCUGGUGCUGCAACCUCUUGGCUCACUUCAUCAACACCUAUGCAGUGGAUGAUAACUUCAGCCAGGCAUCGGUGAUCCGGAGCUACACGAAGUUUGUGAUGGGGAUUGCUAUGAGCAUGCUGACGUAUCCAUUCCUUCUCGUGGGAGAUCUCAUGGCAGUGAACAACUGCGGGUUGCGUGCCGGCCUCCCUCCUUAUGCUCCUGCAUUCACAUCCUGGAUCCAUUGCUGGAGGUAUCUCAGUAGCCAGGGGCAGCUGUUCCGUGGCUCCAGCCUGCUCUUCCGCAGAGCACCCAUGCAAGCAGCCUGCUUCCCUAUCGACUGACCCCAGCUUGCAGGGAGAAGUACAAACUUGGACUCCUCAAAGAACCCUCAGCUUGUUUCCAUAUGUAUAUUUGUUCUUUUUGAUCCAAAGUCUGCGGUGCCAGGACAAGACACCUCCUCUCCAGCAAGGCCAACCCCCAGUUGGCCUGCAGUGAUCUGGCUUCAGGCUCCAGCUGAGUCAAAGCCCCCUCUUCAUGGCUAUCUUGAUCAGGAUGCAUAGGAGAGAGAGCAGAAGGAUGUUGUUUCUCUGGUCUGGGCUGUGAAUCUGAAGACACUGGGAAAGUCUGUGAAACCAGAACAUGCUCCGAUGCUAAAGAAACCAGCCCCAGGAUGCAGGGACAAAAGACUGCUUCGUUCUGCCUAAGCUGAGAAGCAGCAAGAGAUCCAGGGCUGCCCUGCUGGGAGAUCCUGACAGCAGCACAGCCAGCUCCUGUCUUGUCUCUCGUGGAGAGGGCUGAUGUGUAUGGCAGGUAGCUUGUGCUGGACAGGGUCAAGACUGAGACGCAUACUUUAGGGUAUCUAAACACUAGGGAGCACCCCAGCUCCCUAGGGCAUGAAAGGGAAAUAGUAACUGCACAACAGAAAGGAGAAACAGUCCCACUGCAACGAAGUACAACGCGUGUCCUUAAGAGAAAGCUAUGACUUGACUCCAGGACAGCAUCAGGACUUGAAGAUGGAGAAGGCACUUACGGAAGGACGUGUAUGGCACAUGGUGUCUGCUGUGGGAAGGCCUUUUGCAAUGGGAGGAGUGCAUAUAGGAUGCACCUCACAGUCCAGUGAAGCUGGGUGUACUGCAGGCAGCGUGCAUGUUUCUAAGGGGAGGGUUUGGUCCCUGGUUGGAUCAGCCCCUGCUCAGGUACAGUGUUUCCAUGCUGGAUCAUGCUGCAUCACAUGAGCAUCUCCCAUCUAGAGGGGCAUCACUGCUUCACUGAUGGGCAAACACAGAGUUCCGUUAUGGUGCUGGGCUGUUGUGAGGUGUUGAUUUGCUAACUGCUACAAGCAGAAGGGUUUGUCUUGCAAUAGAGGCACCAGGCCCAUCACUGUCUGAAGCAAAGGAAUAAAUCUCAGCCAGACAAAGGCUUGGGAACAGAGCCACAGGCUGCUCACACAUGCAGUGACACAGCCUUGCAUAGCAGAGCUCACCUGUAACAGCAGUGCAGGAUUUAUCCUCAGAAUUACUGAUGUUUUUUCUCCCCCCACCCCCCCCACCCCCCUUCCCCACCCCCCAGUUUGAGCUGCUACCACAGCCAGGCAUAUUUCCCCCACUUCAGUUCCCCACGAAGCAGUCUUUUGCACAGAGUUCAAUGUGUUACUGCACUCCCUGGGAGGAGGUUUUGGGGCCCUGAGCAGGCUGCAGGCAGGGGCAGCACCAGCGCACGUGGAGGCUGCUGUCCCCAAAAGCUCCCUUUGGUGUUGUGAAGUCAGUCCUGUCUGUCCUCCCUCCCUCCCAUACGGUUUGUGUUACAGUAACAACACUCAAUGCAUGGCCCUGUCCCCCUAACCAGAAAUUAUUUUAAAAGAGGAUUUCACUAUGCUCCAAAAUACAGCUAUAAAACAACCCUCCUUACUUGUUUCUUUGUCUUUUCUAAGGAAACGUUAAUCUGUUUUGUACAACGGGCUCCUUUGCUCCAGAACGGUUUCCAUUUAAGACAUUUCUUUUAACCCAUGAGCUGAUUUCCAGCGGAUCUGAACAUCAGGUGCUGCACAGCCCACAUCAGGCAGUGCUUUGCCCAGGAACCUGGUCUUUACCCUCAAAAAUAAAGGCCACCUUCUGCUGGUCACACACCUCCAAAGCCUCCUGCAGCACCUGUACCUUACACACACCCUGACUGCCAUUACUGCAUUGAAAAGUGCUAUUUCUUGUAACCACCUCUGUUCAACUCCCUGUGACUCACAAACUUUGCUAGAAACAACUCUUAAACGCAGCUUUCGAUCAGUUUCAAUGAAAACCAGGCUUCAAAGGCCUUUAGGUCGCACACAGGAGGUAAUGCACAACCUCAGCCUGACCUUGGAGCAGGGGCUGCCAUUCUUACAGUCAUUAACUUCCUUACCUCCUGCUUUCUGGUUCUUCUCGUCCCUUCCUUCAUUUGAGGCGUCCCUCUACAGGGACAGUGGCUGCACCAGAAGCAAGCGAGGAGAAAGCAGCACCCGGGCAGCCCCUCCCCUUUAAUUGCUGCCUGUUGGUGGGUGCCCAACCCCUGCAGUGCAGGUGGCGAUAACGGGGCCCUGCUGCCACAACAGAGGGGCUCAGGGCUGCAACUGCAGUUGGGAGAACAAAUGAAGUGGGAUGGAAGGAGGGUUGGGUCCGGCACCGAGGGCCCAUGCACAGCCCUGGCGCUCCUCUAUCUAGCCAGGAAGCAAACCUGUGUUUAAAUAUUGACUCUCCAGCACAGAAAUGGGAUGGGUGGAGUUUGCAACCGCCCCGUGCCUGCAGUUUAUCAUUCCCCAGUGGAAAGCGGAGAUUACCGGGACUUUGGCCUCAUCUGCUCCCAGCUGCCGAGGGGACAAAGGAGACAGAGGUUGAAGCUGGGAGAGGGAAACUCAGGUCAAGGCAGCCCUAAGCCUCCCUGGGGCCCUUUUCCCGUGCAGAGCUCCGCUGCUAAAAGCCCUUAAAAAAGACCUGAGCACACCUUUCCCAGUGCUGUCACCGCCGUGGGGAGCCAAGCAAUGCCCCCGCAGCACUGCUGCCCUUUGCGAGCCUCUGUGUGUGGCUCUCCUGCAGCAGGGAGCUCCAUAGAGGCAGGUGGUUAUUCGAUAAUAAAAAUAACCCCUGGAUUGCUGGCCGGUGCAGCCCAGACCUGCUGGGAAGGGUCGAAGGUGGGGAAUCGGGACGGGGGCAUGGUGGUCACAGAGCCGUCCCCUCUCAAUGGAGGCACGAGGGUGGGCAGGACUGAGGUGGGAGGUGAUGGAGAGCAGCGAGCGGGACCUGCGGGGGGCACCGAGGGAGAGGCAGAGCAGGCAGGGAGGGAACAGGGGGAAAUCCUGGCUGGAGAGGAGGACGAAAGGCAGCCAUGGCUGCAGCCAAAGCACUGAGCUGCAGCCCAGCCCGCCGUGCAGCCGCGUGUCCCCACGCACAGCCACAGCCUCCGGGCAGCUCCGAGGAGGUGUCGAGCAGCCUUUCACGCCCCCCUGCUUUACGCAGAGCCAUUUGGAGGAAAUUCUGCCCGCUCCCCCCAGCCAACCCCCCCAUCCAGCAGCACGCGGGGCCCCGCGGCCUGGCUUCCUCCCUGCGACGAGACCCCGUGCUGAGGGGAAGGCCGAGGCCCACGGGCCUUCCUCCCACCCUGCUCGCACGGCCCCCCCGCCCCGGGGGGAGGAGAGAGAGAGCCGAGGACAUGACAUUAAGUCUCCCCUGUUUGCAGCACUGCUCCUCUCCCCACAGCACAGCCCCACACGGGGCCGCAGCACCGCCAUCCUCACGGCCGCUCAGCCCGGUGCCGUCCCUCCCGGCCGCCCGCUGGCAGCCCCACGCGGUCCCUUGAUUAAAACAUCCCUAAUUCUGUAAUCUGGGCGAAUUGAGUUUCUUCCUUAAAAGCCGCCUGCGCUCUCCGAUCCCGGCAGCGCCGUUCUUGUCACUCUGCCAAAGGAGGUUGGGAGCAGCGUCACAUGCAGCAAAGUUUUACAAGCCGAGAGAGCCGGGCUGGGGAGAGGAACGGCAGCGAGAUGGACGCAGGGACGGGCCGAGCGCAGGACCCUCCUCCGGGCUCCCUCCGGGUCGACCUGAAUGUUUAUUUUCUUUUUUUUCUUUUUUUUCUUUUUUUUUAAUCGUUCGGAAGAACAAAGACUUCGGGCCGGGGUCGGUGCUUGUUUUGCUGGGGAUGGGGGGGGGGAUGGAGGCCGGAGCCGUCGGCCCGAAGCCCCGCGUCGCCCUGGCCACGCUGCCGAGACCUCGCCUUGCAACUUGGAAGAGGAAAGAAGGGGGGGAAAAGGAGAAAAACAAAACAGAAAACAUAUAACAAAAUAAAAUAUGGUGACGUCACUUGGAGCUGGGGUGCCUUCCCCGCUGCCUGUCAGACGUGCCUGAAAAGAACAGGGCAAUAAAACAACAGCCGCCUCUGUCUCCCUCGUUAAACACGGCGCUAAUUGGAUGUUAAUUCCUCCUUGCUCUUCUCGCUGCUCGAUUGUGAGGACUCUGCCUCGCUCUCCCUCUCGUGCUUUCUUUCUUUCCUGUUGCGAUGCUCUGGGCGGCUCGGAGGGACCCCGGACUGGAAUAACUCAGGAGUGCCGCAUGGAUGAGGCCGUGGGGUUUGGAACCGGGGCGGGCGAGAUGGAUCCCGAGAGCUGCGCUCGCCUCCCGCCCCCCAUGCAUUGUCCUGCUGGCUUGGAGCUGCUCUGGCCCCAUUUUUCAUCCUUCCGUGUUGGGUCCGGCAUAAAAAAAAUAUAUAUUUUAUAUAUAUAUAUAUGGUCAAAAAAAAAAAAAAAAAAGAAAAAAAGAAAAAAGCAUGAUUCAAUGACGACAAACCCCCAAACCUCCUCCCAGCUCCCCCCGUCUCGCCGCACACCGCGUGGAAACAGGCGUUGGAGGGAGCCGGAGCAGGAAGUUGUUGUGCUCGGUGUUGCCCAGGUCAUCCUUCACGGGUACGUGUGCAAGAGCGGCGGCGCGUGGGGCGGCCCCGUGGGCAACAGCGUGGGGCAACGCCGGGCCUCGGGGGGCAGAGCGGGUGGGGAGAGGAGGGAGGGGAGGGAGCGGCGGCGGCGGCUGCUGGGGGGAGCCAUGUGGGAGUCGAGUCCUACCUGGGAGCCGUGCCAACUUCCUGCAAAGGGUUACAGCCCCGCAGCUCCCAGAGCCCACCAGAGGCGAGUUGGCUCUUGUCACGCAUCCAAGGCGAGAGGAAGACAGCGGGAACGGAACAGGUACCGCCAACGCCGAGCGGCCUCGUUCGCCCCCCGAAGCUCGGCCGCUUGUUUUGAUUUAAAGCCGCCCGAAGGGAAGGCCCCGCACGAGGCCGACGGGUGCCAAGGGUGGGGUGGACGGGGCCGGGGGUACGCGUGCAUGCGAGGAAGGGGGGCCGGGGGGGUGGGGGGGGGAUGCUGGCACCGCUCGCUCCUCGCCGUUUGGAUUAACAUGCGGGAGAUGCGCCUGUCACUUUGCUUACUGUCAGCGCCUGCUCGGGGAUGGGUGACGGCUUUGUUCGGGGUUGCCGUGCCAAGGCGGGCUUGGCAGCAGCUCCCCCGGAGGGCUGCGGGGUGCACGGCCGCCCCUCGGCCCCUGGUGCGGGCGAGAUGAAAACGUGUUUUGUUCCGUGCUCUUGGCAUCUCCCCAGCAGCGCUCUCAGCCCCUCGGCCCCCCUCCCCGGCCCGCCGGGACUCCCUUUUUAUCAUCGGCGCAACCCAUGUGCUCGCAGCAGCAACAAAAAGGCCCCCAAAUACGCCCUAAAACACAAACGGCCCCCGUCCUGCCCCCGCGGAGGCGGUUGCUGCCAUGCUGCCCUCGUGGCUGGCGCGUCGCUUUCGGCUUUUUGCCCUUUUUUUGCCCUUUUUGCACCGAGCACGAGGCGGGACGAGGGGGCGUGCGGGCGGGAAGGAGCGCACGGCGGGGGGGGCGCAGAGCCCUAUCCACGUCCCCAGGCCUUUUGUUUAACCUGCGUCGACGCACAGGAAGGUCCCAGCUUUAUUUCUGCCCCAUUUUUACCAUUAUUAUUACUAUCCCCCCCCGCUCUGUGCUCGCGCCCUUCGGGGCCAAAUGGGGCAGAACUCUUCAGGGUGGAUUUUCAGAGCGCCGAGUGCAGGAAUUCCUGCCAGCUCGCCUUUGUGCCAGCCUGCCCCGGCCUUCGGCGUCUCAUUCGGAUGGAGCCUGGCAUCCAGGCACCGCCCAUUUCUUGGCGUUGAGCUGAGAGGAGAAGGAAAGGGGAGAGAGCGAGCGAGAGAAGGGGAAAAAAAAAAAAAAAGCUGUCUCACUCCAACUGGCCUUUCUCGGAAAAGGAUCCUUCCCCGGUGACCGUCCGGAUAAGCGGAGCUAAAAGCAGCCACUGCUCCACAACACAACCACGCUCCCGGCGGUGCAUCCCCUCUUGCUGCCUCGGUACGGAACGGAACCUGGCUCUCCAUUGUUUUGGUUGGUUGGUUGGUUGGUUGGUUGUUGGUUGGGGUGCUUUUUGCCUUUGAUUUGAAAUAGCCUUUCGUUCCGCCCGGCGCUUUGUUGUUGCUGCAAUCCGCCCUUCUCCCCCCAAAAAACCCCUUCCCCGCUGCUGAGGCUGGGAUUGACCCACAUGGAGGGACGUGCCCUCGUGUCCCACCUCGGAGCACCACUCGAGGUGCUUUUUCCUCCCGCUCCGCUCACCGCCGUCCCCCACGCGGGUCCUUUUCGCUUCCACUACGGAGGGCGGGGGGGGGAAAAAAAAGAUGUCGACUCAUGUCGGAUUUGCAAUUCAACAUGGCAGCCGCGGCGAGCGUGGUGGGAACCCGCAGCCCCCCGAGCCCCGCGCUGGUGGUGGGCAUGGGGUGGUGCCAGGAGGUGGCCCAGGUGGGUGGAGGAGAGGAUAAGAGGAUCGUUUCUUUUCUUUUUUGGAGGGAUCUGGGGACGAGGGAAACGCUGCAGUCUGGUUCUGUUGGUGUUAACUGUUUAGAAGCUGGCACGACGUGCCGGGAUGGGCGCGGGGCCGCAGCUGAGCCCCAUAGCUGGGCACAGGGCUGUGCUGGGCAAUGAUGGGCAAGGGAGCCGCAGGGAGGGCUGUCAUGGAGCCGUGGUGGCCUCCAGGCUCUGGAGAUGCUCCAGCUGGGAGCUGUAGGCUGCCUGGCCAAGGCACGGGGCGUUGCAGAGGGCGAUUCGCGGAGCUUCACACCUCUCCCCGCUGUGCCGAAGCUCUCCAGGUCUGGCUGAGCUCGGGGGUUUUGGCCGUAGCGUGUGGGACUCUGCCCUCUUUCUGUCAGACUUAAUUGAGGCCCGUUUGGGAUGCAACAAAAGCAGCCUGUCUGCAGGGCAGGGUCCCCCUGCCUCCUUCCUGCCACGCACUAUGCAGGUGCUCAGGAGCCAUGCGAACCGCCCCUCCUCCUUCACCAAAUUUUUCCUCCUCCUUCCCCACUCCUGGCUUCCCCCUCCUCCUCCCUUCUCCAAAAACAAUAUUCUCUCUCUCUGCAAGUGACGCACAGCCCUACAGCAGAGCCUUUGAACUGGCUGCAGAGCACCCAAACGCCCCAGCUCAGCUUCACCUCCAUCUCCCACCCAUUCUCCAGGGGACAUCCCCGACUUUGUCUCGCACCCCACUCACCUCCUAGAGAUGCUUUCUCAGGUGCUGGGUGCCUUAUGGGCCUGGCAGCAACCUGUGUUGCUUUGUGCAUUGCAUUUUGGAUGCUGGGGUGCUUUGGUUCUGCUCUGAACCUUCCCACUCGCUUGCUCUUCAGCCCUAAGGCAAAGCAGUGCUUGCAGCGGGCCGAGCAGAUGCAGGGAGAUGCUGAAGUGGGUUCUGAAUGCAGCUACCAACCUCCUCUUCGGGGGGAGUGCAGCUCAGGGCCGUGGCCUUUGCUGGCAGUUCCCAUUUUUGAGGCUCCUCGCUGUGGUCCCUGGCUCUCGUGCUGCACAGCGGUUGGCUGCGGAGCUGAAUGCCCACGUUGCUUUCAGCAGGAACUGGGGGCGGUCAGAUCUGGCCCCAAAACGUGGCAGAAAAUACCCUCUGCAGCAGAGCCCAUUUACAUCUGGUUUACAUCCAGACCUUUAAUGUUAAUGAGGAGGGAACAUGAGCAUUUUCCUCAUCGCUCUAGCUUUUCCCUUGCAGAUUUUUGACAUAAACGGGGGCUGGGGUGGAAGCAGACCUUUUCCACUUUGCCCCCAACUUCUUUUGCUGCCCUGGGAGAAGUAGCAGAGGGCUGCUGCCAAAAAAAAACCCACUGAAGCUGCUGGUAUCGCUCCGUAGGGCUCUGCAGCGGGCAGCCCCUUGAGCAGAAAAAAUCUGAACUCGAGGAAGACGCUUCUGAUAUGUCCUAAGCAAACCGUGUGGCCCCAUCCAGCCAAGGGCUGCAGCUGUAUUAUUGCAUGCAGCUCGCAGCAAAACAGGGCUCGGGCUUCCAGAACAUGGCUCAGCAAAAAGGAUAAAUUCUUGAAACUGGCAGUCCAGACCGUCCUGAUGCUGAUUGCCUUUGAACCUGGAGUUUGCUCCCUGGCUGCACCAUCUCUGGGGGGAGAGCAGGAGCUCCCCUGCAGGGCUGGAUGCACACCCGGCUGCCAUAACCCCCCCAGCGGCCGGCAGAGCUGCUCUAGAUUUGCACUGACAUUCCUGAGAGCAGGAUUGGGCCUCUAGGUUUGUCGAGGGUGGCUCUGGGAAAUUUCCUUUCCUUAAAAGGGCCAGGUUUGGCCAAGGCAGAGCCUGGAUUGUGUUUUCCUUUUUUCCUUUUUUUUUUUUUCCCUCUUUUUUUUUUUUUUUUUAACUUGAAGCUCUGGUGAAACUUGCCUGAUUUGCAGUUGCAGCGCCGCUGUGCUCUGCUUGUGUGCAGGCUGAGCCCAUGGGGACCAUCGCCCACGGUCCGUACAAUCAGCUUUACCUCUCCAGCAAUCACUUCUGCUGGAGAAACGGGAUGUUAAAGGCAGGGGGAACAAACCUGGCCUUUGUGGGCUUCUUCCUCGGCCUUCCCAGUAGUUGCCAGCUCGUUGCAGUGGAUCUGGGGGCACAAGUUGAGUGGGAUCCCAGUAGAAACACAUCCAAGGGACAGAUGAUGCUCACAGCUCCAUGCACCACGGGGGACACGGGGUACCCAGUGCCAGCUCACCAUCGAACCACCCCACAGCUCUUCUUUACAAGAAUCAGCAUUAUUUACCUUUCUUGCUGCCGUUUUUACUCUCUAUAAAUCACCUCUUUCACUCUCCGAUUUCCAUCCACUUCUUCCACCAUCCUGGCUUGCUGCUGUGGGGUUGCUCGUGGCUGCUCUUUGUCUUUGGUGUUACGUGGCUGGUGUGAAAAGUGAGGUGGGGGAGGACAAAGCAAGGUUUGGUUUUGUAGGGCUGUCCAUGGGCACUGAGCAGCGCCUGCUUGCCCCACUGAAGCCCGUGAGGGUUGCACUUUGCAUGCUGGGUUUGGCAUGCUGUGGGAACUCAUGAGUUAGUCCUGUGUGCAGAAAACAUAGUAGAGGCAGCCCAACAAGGGGCAUGCUGCACAGGGUGAGGUAGACAUAGCAUAUUUGCUCAGAUGAUGACAACAAAGUGUAACCCUGCGUGCACCACCUCGUGGUUUGGAGAGGUCUGUACCCAGGUGCUGCUGCAUCCUGUGGCUGCUGCCAGCACAUCAGUGUCACCGUUUUGCUGUGCUAGGGACAGAGGAGCUGCCCAAGAGGUUGGACAGGGCAGGAGGCUUCUCCUCACCUGCAAGGCUGUGCCAAGUGCUGCGCUUCCUCCUCUUCCUCCUGCCUGGAGGGGUCUGCAGAGCAGCCACGGCUCCAUUCAGCGUCGUUGACUGCUCAGUCAGCAUCCUGGGGUGUGAUUUGAGCUCACAGGAUGGCUGUGCUGAUGUUUCAGUGCCGGGCACGGGGACCUGAAGCAGCUUUGGCUGAGCAGGAAGGUUCUGGGAAUUACACCAAGAAUGCAGGGAGUGGUUCUCCUCUCCUUCGGCCUUGGCUUGCUCAGAUCCAUGCACCAGCUCGCAGGGGCAGCACGUGGCAUCCCAUGGCAUCCAGGGAUGGUGCAGGAGCUGGCACACACUGAGUCUGACAACACAAGCCUAGGGCUGGGAACAGAGGCACCCUCAGCAUGCAAGGAGAAAGGGUCCCCCAAGGCCCCACUUGAAGCAACAGCUUGAGCUGUAGCAUUUUUCAAGCUUAUUCCUCAUGUGCAGACUCCAUCCAAAGUGAGGGCAAUGCUGCUACCAGCGUGACCAGCAGCUUGAACUGCCAUGCAUCUGCUCCCAGGGCUCCUGUUUGUGGAUGAGGAUGAGGCUCAGACCCCCCCAUAUGGGGUCACCUCAGGCCAUCCCUGCAGCCAUGCUGCUUUGGGAGCAGCUUACUGGGGCUGAAGAGAGCUGGGGUGGAUGCAGAGAGAUGCAGAUAAGGGAGGGUGGGAUGUUUCCGCUCCUUUCUUCAAGCUGGCACUGCUGACCUAAGCAGGCUAUGAAACCCAACCACUCCAGACGUUUCAGUCUCCCAGAAACAAGAGUGCAGUCCAGUUCUCCAGCAUCACCUCCCAGUUCAGUCCAGUGAAUCAUCGUGCAGCCUGCUGGAGGGUUGCCUCUGAUGUUUUAAGCCUGCAAAAUCCUUCUUUAUUCCCUGGCUUCAUUGGAUGUGUGCCAAACACAUACUGGACAUUAUCUCAGAAGUGGCUGCAUCUCAAUGCAGGACAUGGUGGCACAUGAUGCACUGAUCCCCAGUGCAGCCUUUGGUGCACAACAUGCUCUCAUUUGCCCCAAAUUGUUCCCCACUGUUCAGAGAGGCAAUGGAAGGCAGGAGGAGUCUUGCAGUGGGUUCCCCAAGCAGGAAAACAUGAGCCAGGCUGUGCCAGAGCUGAAAGACAGGAUAGGUCCCUGGGCUGGAGCUGCAUCCAGCUGUGCUGGAGCACUGUGGGAGUUCCUAUCUGGAUGUUGGCUCUGCAGUCUGGGUGCAGGGAAUUAGCCCAGACGUGGUUCCCAGGGCGGGGGAAGGGCCUAAUGAACAGAGACAGGAUAAAGAAGCAGGUAAGGGCUUCCUGUCCUUCAGGGCUCAGGAGGAAAUCCUGCAGCUGGUGAAUCUGGAUACGAUUAGUGUCCAUUUCUCCCUGUGUAAUCAACCCAUCUGCUCAUCCCUGCGCAUUAGCAGCGCACACCCCACUGCAGGCAGAUGCCUCUCAGGCACUGCUUUUAUCUGCGUCUGCCGUGGCUGCCCCAUGCAGCCCAACAACACGGCUUGCUCUGAGCCAUGGAUGCCACAACCAUGCCUACAUUCUGCCCUAUAGACUCAGCCAAAGCCCUGAGACAGGUGUGGCCACCAAACCCACAGUGAAUGGCAGCACCAAGCCCAGGAAGAUGCUCCCCAAAGGGACAGUGGGUGGGGAUAUUCUCCAAAGGGCUUUGCACUUUCUGGGGAGAUCUUUGUACGGUGCUGAUCAGCUCAGCCUUCCAGACACUGCCUGUUUCCUUGAGCUCAGCUCUGCUGUAAGUAGAUAAAGGUGGAUUGGUUUUGGCUGCCGCAAUGAGACUGUAGAGUUGUGUUGAUCCUGAGUGCAGGUUAUGCUGUCUCACUUGGUCAUGGAAGGAACCAGGCUUUCAGUCUUGCUGUGUAGAAAUGCUGAUUACAGCUGAUAGGUGCUGAUGCUGCUUCCCGAGGAGUCAUUCCACCUUCUUUCCCGUGGCAAUCUUGCCCAACUAUGCAAAAGCUUGUGUCAGCCCAGCAUUGGCUUGAAAACACAGGGCCAGAUGUCAGCCUGGGCUGAAAUGAGGUCAAAGAAGGAGCUUGCAUGUGGAUCAAUCUGUCGUAAUGCAGUGGCGUGAGCCUGCAUGGUCCUUUAGGGUCUUUGGAAGGGUCAGGCUUGGUGGUGGAGUCGAGACAAAGUCUGACAGUGACCAUUCCCAGCCCUGAUGUCCUGCAUACUCAAACCAUGUAAACAAGCUCUUGCUUGUGUCACCUUUUGUCACUGGAACAUCUUGAGGGAUCCACUGUACUCCAUCCACGCACAGGAGAUAAAGACAGUCCUUACCCGAAGCAGAGUACACACUCAGCCCAGAUCUCUUCUGUGUGCUAAGCAAUCCAGGCACAAAGCUUCUGCCUUGUUCAAAGAGAGCCAAAACCCAGCCAGAAACAAUCUGAGGCAUGCAUUAGAGAUGAAACGUCUUUGCUUUCAAGGGCCAUUUGUUGCUUAACUUCUCAGUGCAACCUGUCUUCAUCCCCUGUUGUAUGGCUCAAGACAGCACUUUGGGUCCUAGAUCUUCUGAUUUCUGUUUGCUUUCGAGUGCUGUGAUUUACCACUAAAGAAUAAAUGGAAAGCAAAAGAAAACAGCAGCACAUGUUUGCAUAGGGCCUCCGUUGUUCUGUGCUCUGCCACUACUUAAACAGAAGCAGUAAAUCCUCUCCCUGGACAGAGAGGGGCUUUUGGGCAAUGGCGGCAUACAAGGCUGGGGAAGAUAAACAACCAGAAAAAUACUGCUUUUAGGAAAUGGCAGUGGAGGAUGGCCAAUCCACGGGCUGCUCAAAGCCAACACAAUGCCAUCAGUCAGCAAAGACUUAUUGCUAUUAUCUCUCUGAGGCAUUUUUGCAUCAAGAAAGAGAAAAGCGAUUGAUCUGUGUUCUGGUAUCUGUGGUCAAACUUGGCUGCAAUUAGGAAUCUGUAUGGUUUCUGAGUUGGAACAGGGAAGUUUUGUAAUGAACUACAGAAAACGUGGGCAAACAACCUCCAUAAGCACCAAUGGUCCCAUCUUUGUUAGGACCCAUCAGAGCCAGGUUACAGCCUUUACUGUGGGCUGUGACUUCACCUCAGCAGAUGCAAAAGGUGAAGAUGCAUUCAGUGGUCUUUGGAUGAGCUCAGGACUGACCAACAUCUAAAAUAAUUUGGCUUAUGGGAUUGCUUGCAGCAACAGCUUCAAAUUCAGUAUCUAAUGAGUCCCAGAGAUGUGGAAAAUGAAGCUACCUCUCACCUUAGCAGGCAGAAUGCUCCCUACCGUUAUCCACCUCCUAGAAGAAAAGUGGUGUGUGCAGUUUGGUGUAUGCAGUCCUCCAGCGUAAGAUGGAUGUGGGUUUCAGAUGGCUGUGGCAGUGCUGUCCAAAAGGCUAUCUUGGAUCUCUGCUUCCUUGGGCUGGAGCCCCAGAGCUGUGUUGGUGAGAGAAAAAGGCAGGGAAGAACUCUGCUGAUUUGUGCUUCAGAUGAGCUGUAGCAUCAGUGUGAGCAGUGCAGGUAAGUUCAGCUCUUUUCUGUCUGGUAGAAGGAGAGGUGUCCUGGCUGAUAAGAACCAGGAGCCCAUCCAUCCAAAGCCAAUGUUAGACCUUCAUGAAAUCUAUUGCCUCAAGCAAAUGCAUUGUUCAAAACAUGUUCAGUUAAUUAGCAGAUUAACUAAUUAAACUUCCCACCAUCCCAAGUAGGGAGUAUCUAUCUCCCAGAGGAGAAAACAAAGGCAAAAUGACUCAAUGAGACUAGCUGCAGGAACUCGGCAACGCAGUUGUGUUAAGCCUGCUGUUUUCCUUCCCAAAUCAUUUUGUUGUUGUACAUCAUCCCCCAUAGACAAAAACAGAGGAGGAGUCCUAAAGACUUCUGAGAAGGGGAAAGGGGGAGAAGUGCCACCAGACAAGCCUGAAGAAGAAAAGAAUCAGCCCACAGAUAUACAGGGGAGGCAUUUUGGUUCACCCGUGUGCUUGCAUCAACUAAGGAAAAAAGCUGACACCCUUCCUCCCCAUUCAAAAGGAAAGUUUUUCUCAUCAUCAAAGGAUGAAAAUUCCUUUGGUUCUUACUCACAUUUUCAUCCCCUCUAAAAUUUAUGAGCCAGAAGCCAAAUGGUCAGCAUGGGGAGGAGGAGCAUCUGCAAUAAGGCAGUGGGGCUACAUUUGUAUGGGCUCACACUGAAGGAGUAACCAGAAGGAAAAGACCCGAAGAGACUCCAGUAAACAGCCAGAGGGAAUGCUUUGAUGCUGAGGAAGUCCAAAGACACAAACACAUGAUGAUGAGCAGCUGACUGCCACAGCUGUACAACACGGUAAGAAAAAACAGAGCUAAAGCACAAGGACUUUGGCUUGCAAGACCCCUGGCAGCAUCACAGACCCUGUCUGAAGGGCCCUGGUCUCAAACAGAAUUUGGCAGUCUUUUUCUCUUCCCAUCCAUCUCUGAUCCAAAGCCAAACAGCAUUCUUUGUUCUAUCUACAAUCAAACAACCAUCCUUGGCAGAAAGUAGACUCGCAUUGAAGGAUGACCACCAACUCCUGCAUUCAGUAAUUACUUUCCUGACGAAGAGAGCCUCCUGGGGACAGACGAGGGGCCCACAUGCCUUACCAAUGCCAUGCUCCUGGUUUUUGACUAGCUUUCAUCCGGUGAACCCUUCACAGCACUGUGAGAUUGAACAGCAACAUCAAGGGUGUGCCUUGAAUGAGAGCUCCGGGGAGGCCCCUGCAGCAAUGUCUGAGGCAGAGAGCAUUGAGAGCAAGAGUCCUGUCCUGUGGGAGGGAUGCAGCCACAAAAGCAGCCUUGGUCUACCACCAGUGCAGCUCAGAGGCUGCAGACUGGAAGCCAUGAGGACAACCCCUCAUCAGUGGGCUUUGCUGUCCCAGACCCUACUGAAACCAACAAAACUUGGACCUCUCAAAUACCUUCAAAGUUCCCAAACUUUGUUGGCACAAAUAGCACAAACCUACCUGUGAAGGAGUUCUCACAGCUGCCCACUGAGCCUGCAUGAACAGCUGGGACAAAUGCUGACAGCUUGCUACAGGUGAUGCUCCUCUUCAAAUAAAGAAAAUCAAGCCCAGCAAUUUAAGAAGUAAUAAAUCCACAACCAUUUUCACCUGGAGAUCUUAGGAUCAUCUGCAGGAGGUUGGGGAUAUAGUGAGAAACAGCAGUUAUUAGAAGUCUGAGCAUCCUUGGCUUCUUCACGGUGGCGUUGGCAUUGCAAUUCUGCUCCAAAUUACUCGUCAGGAUAAUUGUCCUCUCCACUGACUCAAUGGCUUACCAGCUUUGUCCUCUGGUGCUUUAAUUUAUCCCAUCUGGAAAUGCCACGGAGUGCCUUGUCCAAUUAACACCCCUCCUUACAGGGUUUUCCCACAAGAUCUGUGCUGUGCUUGGCUGUGGCAUUUACAGUUCCCUUCAUCCAUAGGGAUGGGAUUUGUAACCGGGAUUUCUCACUCAUCCUAAGUCCUGGGAACAGCUGUGACUCUCACAGCUUUAUCCUGCCCUGUGUUGGGUGCUCUCCCAUGAGCUGUGUCCCUCUCUGACCACCUCCUCUGGGCUGGUUUUAGUCACAAAGAGACCUCACCUACGUUGUGGACGAUGGGCAGGGUAAAGGCGAUGCCCACACGCUGCUCAGGAACAUCAAAGAUGGCUGUUGUGGAAUGGUUUGGGUUGGAAGGGAGAGCAGAUGGUUCGUUCUUCAUAUCCAACCACUUGGGAACCUCUGUCCCAAAGGCCUCGCUGGCUGCCCCGGGUUCCUCUCCCCCUCCCACACUCUCCUGCGGGUGUUAUUUACACCGUUUCCUUCCCAGGGAAGUACAGGAGUUGGACGUUACCAGGUUGGUUUCCGUUCUCCUGCCCUGCUCCCAUCGGGAGCUGUCACAGAGAACAACCCCACGGAGCCGGUCGUGGUGGGGCCGGAGGUUCUGCCAGGACCUGGCAAAGACACGUAACCCCUUCCAGGACCUCAACCAGCUCACAUGUGCUGGAAACCCCGACCCACGGCCCCAUACAGCAAUGGGGCUGGACAGGGCCACUCAACCCACAGCAGGAGGCAGGGAGGACAGAACCGGGCAUCUCUGCCAAGCUGUUCAGUUCCCAUUGCAUCCAACCCUCCCCUUUCCCCUCCCUUCCCUUCUUCCCUCCCAUCUCCGGCGAACAAAAUGGCUGCAUGGCCAUUUUGUUUUCUGCCUGGAAGGGGGAAGCGAGGACGCUGGGACUUGGCUCUUCCUGGGAGGCUGCGGCCAUGUUCGAGCCCAACUCUCCCUUCUUGACGUGGCAUCGGCUGUAGCAGGGAGGGGAAAAAAAAAAGAAAAAAAAAAAGAAAAAAAAAAAGGACCUUUUGGAAGGAGACCAAAGUGAGAGAGUGGGCAGUUUUGGCAUAUGUUGAGCACUGAAAAUGCCUGGAAUUGCCAAACCGAGCUUUUGUGUUAGCAGGUGAUUCUGCAUUUCCCUCAGUUGCUGGGAUGGCUUCGCAGCUCGCAGUCGCGGCUCUUUGCUCCCGGAUGGCAGAGGGGAAUGGAUUUCUGGUGACAUAAUGGGGAUCGGCUCUGCCGUGGGUCAGCAUUGGGGUGGUCUCACCUCUCGUGGAGGGAUUGCUGGACGUCUGGAGAGAUGCUGGGAGCGAGAGCAGGAGCGGGGGGAUCGCUGUCCUUGCAUAGAAAGGUAUUUGCCUUCGUAUCUGCUUGGCUUUCUUACAGAAGGACAGUGGAGGUGGAAAUGGUGGUCUUGGAGUUGGGGUGCAUAGGUGGGCGCCAGGAUCGCGUCACAGACUCCAUGUUUUGGUCCAAAUAUAUGCUAGGGGUAAACACGAGCCCUUUUGCAAGCAGGCUUUGAACUGAAGGAGAGCAGAAUUAAUGGAAGAGUCCUAUAGAAUACUGCAGGAUGUUCUCUGCGUAGAUCUUUGUGUUGUCCUAUAGCACUGCGUCAUCCUAUAGCAUUCCGUUUUCCUAUAGAAUUCCAUCAUCCUAUAGCAUUGCAUUUUCCUACAGAAUUCUGUUGUCCUAUAGCAUUGCAUCAUCCUAUAGCAUUCCAUUACCUUAUAGAAUCCCGUUAUCCUACAGCAUUGCAUUUUCCUAUACAGUUCUGUUGUCCCAUAGCAUUGUGUUAUCCUGUAGCAUCGCGUUGUCCUAUAGAAUUGCGUUAUCCUAUCGAAUCAAACACAGAGCACUUAAAAGUAAAUCUUUUUGCCUUUCAUCUCUUUGAUUUUUACUCUUCCGAAGGAAUUAUGAGACCUCAGUAGCACUUGUUUUUAAUUCUGUACCAAAAAAUCUGGGGUUUUUAUUUCUCCUUCAGGACAGUGUAUGCAAUAUGCUGACUGACCAGGAUUUGUGGUCGCCUUUAAUCAUGGGUUUAUGAAGGGUUAAUGAAAGACAAGUAGCAUUAGGAGCAUGUUACGGAUGCACAUAUUGUAGAUAAAAACACCAAACUGAUUAAUGAGGAUCGAGAGGUUUCCAAACACCCAACAGGACUCGAGACAACCCCUAUCAGAUGAGCAGGAACUCGUUAGGAUACCUGUUAAUUGUUUCAUACAACGAUAAGCGUUUAAUAUAAACAAGUGGAGUACUGCCGACGUCAUUACGGCAUACGGAGGAAAACCCUGCUGAGAUGUGGGGCUGUUUUUGGGGUGAACUUCCCCACUUUUGGCGUCCAUCCCCCCUUUGCCUCUUUGCAGUGCCUCCAAUUAACUCUCGCAUCUUCACGCUCGGCCCCAGGGUCAGCUCCACUCUGCUUUCCCAGGACACAGCAUCACUGCACCCAUCCGGAGCUCCUGAAAACUUUCCCAGCUUCUUCUUUUUUUUUUUUUACUUUUUUUCUUUAUUUUUUUUUUUUAAUUCUUUUCCUCUCCUUUUUGUCCAUUUGCUUUUCAUUUCCCCACUCGAUGUCACUGCGGCCUUCCCCGCCGGCAAAGCCACAGCGACAAAAUGGCCGACGGGCAGCCAUUUUGUGGGAGCCGGCAGCGGCUGCGGGCAGCUCCGUGCUCCUCUGCCUCCCUCUGCCCGCUCCCACCGUGGCUCCAUGGGGCUGAAAGGGCUCUCAGAGACUCAGCAUUUCCCUCUGGGAAGUCCUGCCUGUGCCCGGCACAUUUUGGCACAGAGCUCAGCACUGCCGCUAUACAAAGGCUGAAAGCUGCGCCUGCUUUGAACGGAGCGACCUCGUUGUUGCAUGGUUUCCUCCCCCCUCCUCCUCCUCCAUUUCAUUCAGUUCUCCUUAAUCAGCCACAUCAGCUCCUCAAAGCUGUUCCAGCUCUUUUCCGAAGCUCCGUACCAACACGAUUUGAAAGGCAAAGGCUCUGCUGGGCUUCUUCGGCCUUCAGACCCACAGACGGCUGUGGGUCCGCCAUGAGGCAUCUCCUGGGGGUCCCCAGUGAUGGCUGCAGUCACUUUUCCAUCUCAAAAAGCAACCAGGAAAGCCAGGAUGGAGUGGACAUUUUGCCUACAUGAAGGAUCUUGCUGGGAGGAAACCUAGCCAUCAUUCACCUGCCAAUUUCUAUCCCAUAUCUGGCUUACUUUUAUGUCCUGGUAUGGAUCUGGAAUGGGAGAACAGCAAUUACUGCUCCCCAAAAAUCUCCGCACAAAAGAUGGUAUUUUUCACAGAGGUUUGGCUCACAGCAGUCGAAUGCCUGAAAAUCGCCCCAAACUCCGGGCUUCAAGAGCUCAGAAGGCAGUGGGUGGCUUUGAGCUAUGGGCUCCCGACCCCCGUAGACCCUUUUGGCUGUUGUGUGCAGAUUUUUGCAGAGCAGUAUUGCAUUUAGGCGCUUGUAAAUGGAGUGGCUCAGCAGCAGCGUGCUGAAAGGGAAGGUUUUGUGCCUGGAAACCGGGAAGCCAUCGUGGUGGGAAGGUGCCCGGAGACAGGAGCAGGACCUGCCGAGGGUGGUCCCACAGCCAGCUUUCCUAUGGACUCAUCCUGUGAUCUUGGGCAGAUUUGGUCACAUCGCUGCUUCUUUGCCCAUCUUUGGACCAUAAUCCAUCCUGGAGAGGGGCCAUCCUUGCAGCACCAGCUGUGACAGCGGCGCAGGGGCCACGAGAGUCACACUGAUCCUCGCAGUGGUUCUAAGUUGUCCUAUCUGACUGCUUUCUUCUUAGGUCCUGGCAGGAUCAGGAUUGCAGUGUCGGCAGCUUGUUAUAUACUCAUUAUAUAUAUACCUAUACUCAUUAAGACAAUUAUCGUAAUUAAAUCUCCCGUUUCCAGGAUUACUUGCAGAAGUCAGAAGGGAUAUAUAUAUAUAUAUUUUUCCCCUCUCCAUGUAUAACUCGAUUGAUGUAAAUGAGGGGCUAUGUAACAUAAUUUCCCAUCCUCAGUUUGAUAUUAACCCAAACUCCUAUUCCCUGCAAUGGUACCAGAAGUGACCCUGUAAAUGCCUGCUCCUCUGGUUGGUGUCUGUGGCACGAGGUUAAGCUUUGGGAAGCUACAACACUUCCAGAUAGAAAACCUGGAGUCAGAAGGAACCCACGAGGAUCACUGAGCCUACUGACUAAACGAAUCCCUCUGUUCCUGAUGGUAACUGCUGCAAAGCUCUGGCUGCUGUUGCAUUAAGCAUUAAGGAGGGAGGUUUAACCUCUGUGCAUCAUUUGCUAAGCCAAUGAAACAGGAAGAAUAUUAUUUCCCAUCAGAAGGCUGUUUGGGAUUCAGAGCGCUUGGCGCCGUGGAUGGGUUGGGUACUUUAAUGCUAUAGGAAUCAGUCCUGCAACGCUGAUUUUUCUGACACUGUUGAUGUGUUAUCACACAGAUAGGAGAGGCCUGGGCCAGAUGGCCCGGCACAGUGGGCCAUCCCAAGGCUGAGUUUGUCAAAGGAAAUUAAAAGACUUAAGUGGGCUGUGCUGACUGCUAGGUGAGAAGGAUUUCUGGACAGCUCGGCGAAGGAACGUGGGCGCUUUCCAAGCCUCACUGCAGAGAUAUCCUUUUUCCUGCCCAUCUUAAACUCUCACCCUGGGGACCCCAGCUACAAUAGCUGACCAGAGCUUUGGGAAUCUCACUCAUGCACUCUGCUGCCUGUCAGCUGUGGAAAUGCAAUUCAUUAGGCAUCCUCUGUCCCUUUGGUGACGUAUGUAUUAGCCCCUGCAUCUCCCAUCCAGCUGUGGGCAGAUGGGGCCCCUCCUGCUUCACAGCACUGAGUUCUUUUGGGAAGUCCUUUGGGUCUUUGCUGUGCUGCACAUGCAGCCCCUUAACGUGCUGCUGGUGGCUCCCUUUUCCUUAGAUCCUCCUUUAAUCUUCAAGGGGAAACCUUUCUCAUUGCGAGAGAACCUCACGCGUCUUUUAAACUGCCAGCAUAAUACCUUGCAUCUGUAGUUAGGUGUACAGAGAAUGAAAAAGCCUCAGAAGGUGAGCCAAGGGCUUGGGGGGAAGCCAGCCUGUCUCUGCUCCACGCUAAUAGUGCCUGGCUGUGCUAUAGCAUUAAAGGACCUGCAUGUUGCUCUCAUUUGUUUGGGAAAUGAGAUCUGCUUUGAUAUACUCAAUACCAUUACAUGUGCAGCCUAAAAGCUUCCUUGUACUCAGUUAUUUCUAAUCUGCUCAGUUCCCUGGAGUGCAUAACAGCUAAAUUGAUGGAUUAUCUUAUCUAGUCUGGCAGGUUUGUUCUAGAUAUGCUGUGUGUUCAAGAGGUGAGGUCAGCUUGCCUGUAUAUUAUUUAGUGUUGCUGCAGCUUCAGGAAGGCUGUGCUUGCUGUGUGCAUGGUCCUGGGCUCAAUCUGCAGAGCUGCUGCUUCCAUAUGCUCUUGGGUGCAUAAAGUUUGCAGCCAGCAUGAUUGCCAAGGAUAUACUGUAGUCCAAGUGGACUGAAGGAGGCAUAAGGAGGAAAGGGAGCUCCACGACGAGGCUGAGUAUGAGACUUGCUUCUUUUAGCAGCACAAAGCCUGAUGGACUUUUAUGCAUUUCUCUUCACAGGAGCCACUGAGCAGUCAGUUCCUGGAUAAGGAUCAUCUCAUUGCCCUAGAUGGCAAUGGUCCCAAGCUGUCCUUGAGGCUGAGGUAGUAGAUUGAAUAGUUGUGGAGUCCUAUCCUCCCUUUGAGCUAACUAUACAAUCUACUGUCUUUCCUAAGGAGACAGUCAGAUCUUCAGUUCGUCUGCUUGGACACAAAGCAUGGAGACAGGUGGUGCAAGAAAUCCUGCUCUUCCACAAAGCCAGGGAAUCACACCAGACCUCUGUACUGCUCUGUGGAGGUGAGGUAGUAGGUUGUAUAGUUUGGUGGGAGGGAUUCUGUCCCAUUUCAGGUGAUAACUAUACAGUCUAUUGCCUUCCUUAAAGAGCAGCAAUACCACCGGAGGAGAUGCUCAGCCACAGAGCUCCUAGAGCAAAAACAGCACAUGGCACCAUUGAACAACAAAGUGGGUCUUCUACAGCAUCCGGGGCUGUGUUAUUCCAGGGUCUGCUCCGUGCCUCAGUCAUACGAACAGGGAGCUACCUACAUAAAGAAAAACGUCUCUCUCAUUUUUAAUGGCUGCAAGAGAAACAAUGAAAUGAGCUGGCUUAGCCCGUGGGCUCAAAGCCCCGUGAGCUGAUCAGAUUUUGGCUGGUUGGCCCCUGGAAGUGCAUUCUGGUUUUGGCCAAGUUCCCAGCUCUCCCAUGGGACACAGUUAGAGGGUGGUUCUUUCUGAUUUGAUAAUCUCUAUCAACCCAACUCACAUGCAAACCCUGCUGGAGAGAUUAGGACUCCUAUAUAUUUACAUAGGAUAAGCCAGCAGUUCAGACCAGUGCCCCAUCCUACUCAGGAGACAGGUGUGAGAGAGAGAUGAGCCAAAGGCAGCAAGUCCUAACCUUCUUGUUCCUGCCAGGUAGGUGGCACUGACAUCUGACAGCACAUGACAGCCUGCUUCAGAGCCCUGGCACUUGACAAGGGACAGGGAAUGGUUAUUUCUUCCCUCUGUGAGAAGCAGAUGGGACGACCCCUCUGCCACAUUCCAGAGUAAAUAGAACCCAGAUCACAGGAGGGACUGUAACUCGAUGAGGGCUGCACCAGUUUCCCAAGGCUGAAGGAUGUCUCAGGACAUUAUCGCUGGCAUCUCAGUGCCAGGGAAACGUGUGAGAUCUGAGAUACUGAGGAGCAAGGGCAAACCAAGGGCACCUUCUCAGAUGAAUUGGGAGGGAGAGAGCUGCAAUGAGAAAUGGGAGCCCUCAAAUUUCACCCUGGAAGCGCAACAUGGGGCGACUCAGAGCUGGCUGAUCGGGCUAUGGGACUCCCAUCAGUGAAGCAGCUCAUUUAAGGCUUCUCUGCUUCUUGGGAUAGGGUGUAGCUUCAGGAAGGCUGGGAUGGACUUCCUGGGGCUGGGCAACAGCUGGAGGGUGGGGAUGCUGGAGUAUCUAGCAGCAGAGGAAUGCAGCCCUCUGCUCCAUACAUCUGGCUUACCAGGAGUCAUGGGGACCUGCCACACAAAGCUACAGCUCACUCCUCCUCUACACACUCUUACCCUCUAUGCACCUCCUCAGGGGAAGGGCUUCUACCCCCAGCAUUGCUCGGAAGGUACCAAAACAGCAGCACAGGUAUGGGAACAGGGCAGCACAUCGGCUUCAUGUUUAAGAGGUGUUCCCUGGAAAAGGAUUAAUCCUGUGGGUCCCAAACGAAAUCAGUUCCGUUCCCAUCCACUGCACUGAUGUUAAUGCAGAGCAUAUUAAACAGCAAAACGGUAUGAGAUGAAAACUAUGAAUAAAAUACCACUGGAGAUACUCUGCUGUGAAAAUAAACUUGCUUUGACUAUUGUA